UUGGCAUCUCAGGGGCAUCUCCGUCGUCCUCAAAAAGCUCAAGACCUCGUCCCGACCGCCUCUGAGUCCGCCCCCUCUUCCGUUCCUCUCUGCCCAGAGCCGGGAAGAAGAGGAAGAACAAAAAAGGGUUUUUAAAACCAAAAAAAAAUCAGAGAGGAAGAGGGGAAGGGGAAGGCAAACAAGAAAGAAAAAUGUCAAAGAAGAAAUCUUUCAGCGGAUCGACGACGAUGACGCUCAAAGACUUCCACGGCGGAUCCAUCCCCUCCGAACUCCCCCUCCCCUCCGCCCCCGGCGUCUCCGUGAGGCCUCCGGAUCGGCCCGGCGCUUGGGGCCCCGCUGCGAUUGGCGCCGCCGCGAGGGCCGACCACCACCGCCCCCGCCCCGGAUCUGCCGGCGGCGCCACUGGCAGCGGCUCCCGGGCGUUCGACGAGCGGCCGCCCGCGUUUCUUUCCCACCCCGCCCACAUCGGUCGCCACUUCGACGAGGACGAGCGCAAGCCCUUCGACGCCUCCUCCGCCCCCCGCCGCUUCACCACCGCCGACCCCGCCCGCCCCGCCCCGCCGGCCGCCGCCAGAUCCGACCAGAAGCGCCCGAUCUCGAGCCCGGUGACCCAACCGUCCCCCGUCUCUGGGUUUCCCCCUUCCUCCGGCAACACCGUUGGUCCCGCUCCGAAUGCUUGGGCUGCGAGGAAGGAGCCUGGGAGCGAGCCGCUGCCCGCCCAUUCCACCACCACGAUGUGGUCCGCCUCGAGGCUCGCGCAGGCCAGUGCGGUCGAGAAGGUCUCAUCGGGCCGAUGGCAGUCAAAGCCGCCUGAGGUGGAGGUCAUCAGAUUUCAGGAGACAGAAGUUUUGGAUCGGAGGUUCGGUGACAGCGUUCGCAUCGUUGAUGACGGGGAUUGGGACGACGAGAGGGAGAGGAUAAGGUCCAUGGCAUACCCUGAAGCCAAGGAGAGAACUUUACCUGGUUUUUAUACUGAUGGGGCUCGGGACUGGGAGCGGGUGAGAUCUCCAGUCUAUCCAGAGGUGAAGGAAAGGAACGCCGCAAACUUAUGUAAUGAAGGGGCUCGUCCAGUGUCCAAUGAGGGGCGAUUCAGUGGAUCGCAGUUGCAUCAGCAAGGACCGGUGGAAGUAUUGGAGCGUCCGAAGCUGAAGCUACUCCCAAGGACCAAGCCGUUGGAGCCUUCCUCUGAGACACAGGGAAUUGAUGACAAGCAGGGAUAUCAGCCACCUGUGAGCUCUGUGCAGGUUGAAAGUGCUCAUGAAAUGCAUGUAACUACAAAUCCACCGAAACCGGGCUCCGCUGGGGCUGAUUCUGAGAGUCGGGCUGUUGAACGUCCAAGACUGAACUUAAAACCCCGCUCCCUGCCUGUUGAGCAGUCAGAUGAAAGUGCUGAAAGAGAGAGGCAAACUGUGUUUGGUGGUGCCCGCCCACGAGAAGUUGUUUUGAAGGAGCGUGGGAUUGAUGUCGUUGCUCCUAAUGAUCUUGACAUGACUGAACCAGCUAAUAGAGUUAAAAGUGACCUUCUGAAGACUGACCUGAAGCUGGAGCCUGCUCCUACUGUCCGGCUUGGUGAAAGGACUGAGACCUUUACGCUUGGGCAAAAGGCUGGAAGGGAUUUUGAGAGGAAAGACCAUCGAGCUGAUGUUGAGAGAAUGGAUGUGCAGAGGAGUUCAUGGAGGAACGAGAACCGGAGGGCAACUAGAGAGAUUGAAAAGCCAAUGGAACAACCACGCCCAGAGCCUGACACCUGGCGCAAACCUGUUGAACAGCCAAAGCCUGAUGUCCCAGGGGCCCGCUUAGGGAAAGCAGUCUCUGCAUUGGAACUUGCUCAAGCAUUCUCAAAGUCAGUGUCUGAUGGCAGGUCUGAGAACCGCUUCACUAGCCAACGGAGCCUUCCUGGCCGGACUCAGGUGCCCUUUUCCCGGUUGACAGACAACAGCAAGGUGUUCUACUCCCGGUCCCCCCAAAGACAGAUUAAUGGCUACUGAUCCCUUCUGAAUCAGAGAAUGGGCUAAUGGGAAUUCAUUCCUACUGCAAAAUGCUGGUAACAUGGCUGCUGGUAUUCUAUCUUCACAUAUUAUUGGUCUUAUUUUUUUCUAUUUUACUUAACCUGGGGGGUUAGGUGGAUUGCCUUAGCAACAUCCGUGCUGCAGCUUAUAUCAAUGGCAGAGAAUCAAUUUUUACAUCUUUUUUCCAAGAGGGAUGGUUAAUGAAGAAAUCAAUCUGUGGCUUUGAUUUUUUUGAUGACACAGUUGCAUCUCAUAAGAACUAAUGCUGAACUGAGAUUGUAACUUCGUGAAACUAAUAGAUGGAAUUUGAACAUCA